AGCAUCAUAGCUAGCCCACGUCACAUUUAGCGUGUUAGUCAUUGUGAGUUAUAUGCUAACACUUCUGCAUUAGUUAUAAAAGCAAACAGCUUUAUCCAGGGAUUUUAUUAUUUGUUCCAGUUCAUCAGCUUUUCAGUGUUUGUGCACACAUUUUGCAGACGAGUCGUUCAAGUUAACAGAAAGUCCGCAGAGAGUAGAAACAUAUCAUGGAGGGAGCAGGCGCUGUGAUGUCCUGGUUCUCCAGUCCUGUGUAUAGUCGGUACUGGCAGCACUAUCAUCAGGCCAUGUACUGGCAACAAAGACACAGACAUGCGUACCUUAAAGCCUUGGAGGCUGUUUAUGGGUUUGGCUAUCACCCGGAGCAGUUGUCUGGAAUCCCGCAACGCUAUGGGGACUGGCACAGCGAAGAAAGUGACAGCGGGGACGAGGCCCAGAACGAGGACAGCAACUCUGACAGCGAGAUUGAGUGUGAUGUCAGCAAUAUGGAGAUCAGCGACGAGCUAAGACAAUACUUUGCACAGACGGAGAGGCACAGAGAGGAGCUAAAGAAACAGAUGGAGGCAGAGCAGCACGACAGCUACGUACCAGCCGACCAGGACCUGCAACGCGGAUCUGGGCGGAGCACCACAGCUGCUCCUGUGGAACGACCCGGUGAGAGACGUGUGGCUGAGAUGAAGAAGUUGUAUGGCGACGACUCGGCCAAGAUCCUGGCCAUCGAAACUGCAAUGCAGCUCACUUUUGACAGAAACUGUUGUCGGAAGCAGCCGAAGUACUGGCCAGUGAUUCCUCUGAAACUCUGACCGACUGCUGCGUUCACAACCAUGAAACUGAAGCAGAGGACAUUACUGUGAUUUCUGAUGUCUCAGCUGUGUCUUGUGGCUGCUACAGGCUACUUCAACGCCAGUACUUCUUUUUAGAACCAAGUUUUUAAGCACAAUAAAUUUCAUUUAUUUUGGAUCAAAUUUACUUUUUGGGUUGUAUUUUUUUUAUUUUUUUUAUUUACAUUAUUCCACAUACUUUUAUGGAACAGCAGAUCUGCUGCUGCUCAACAGGAGGCACGAAGUAUGUGGUUCCUCUGGGACUAAAACCUACAACCUUCUUCAUGUAAGGCAGAUGUGUAAGCAGGUGUGAUAACCGCUACACUGUGGAACAGGCUUUAAUACAGAAUGUGGUUCAUCAUUGAUUUUAUAAUAACAUCUAUAUUGGAUCAAACUGCAUUCCACAGAAACACCAUCGCUUCCUGCUAAUCAUCUAAAGUGAUUUGGUAUUUGUAUCUUUUAAAUUACCUUCCACUAUUAAACAUGUAUUAGUAUUAAA